GGCAGAUCUAAGCUAGUAACAUGGUGGGUAAUAUGAUGAGUGACAUGGAAGUUGUAAGAAUUGAAACAAGAUACUGGUUCCAGACUCCAGAGGCAUGGACAAUUGACGGGCAUUUCCGAUCUCUUAUGUACAUGAGGCCACUGGCAAUAUGGGGCAUGCAAUGGGCACUAUCAAUACCCAAGAAAAUUCUUGAUGCUCCCAAAAUCAAUAUGAUGGACAGACUCCACAUUUCGUCCGUUAGUUCAAGAUUCUCUCUGAGUCUGAGUGACACCGGUAUUGGGAAGAUAGCAAAGAAAGCAAAAUGUUUGGGAAACUCCGUAUUAAACUGCGCAUGCUAAUAUUGCAUGUAAGUUCUUUUCUGUAAAACAAUGUUUGUUGUUUUUUUAUUCUCUUGAACCCUUCCUGGAAGAACUAGAUGCAGGUAUGGGAUGGGGAAAUUUUUCACUGGAGUCAGAUGAAUACAAACUAUAUCCAAUU